AUGGAACGCCUUGGCAUCAUUCGCCGUUCUGACAGCCCGUGGGCCUCGCCACUCCACGUGGUUCCGAAGCCAGACAGUGGGUGGCGUCCGUGUGGUGACUACCGCCGUCUUAAUGAUGCAACCACGCCCGAUCAUUACCCGGUGCCCCACAUUCAAGACUUUUCCGUACAUUUGGCGGGGAAGUCUGUGUUCUCUAAAGUGGAUCUGGUGCGGGUUUACCACCAUGUCCCGGUGCACCCUGCUGACAUCCCGAAGACUGCAGUGGUGACUCCUUUCGGGCUGUUCGAGUUCCUCAGGAUGCCUUUUGGCCUGAAGAACGCAGCCCAGUCGUUCCAGCGGCUAAUGGACUCGGCACUCAGGGACAUGCCUUUCCUCUUCGUCUACUUGGACGAUGUCCUCGUUGCCAGCUCCUCGGAGGAGGAGCACCUGACGCAUCUCAGAGUUCUUUUUACGUGGCUCGACCAGCACGGGCUGAUCAUUAACCCGGCUAAGUGUGUUUUUGGGGUGCCGUCCAUCAAGUUCCUCGGGCAUCUCAUCAGCAGUGAAGGGGCUGCCCCCCUCCCUUCGAAGGUGGAACCUGAGAACAGUUGA